GUACCAAACUAUAUUCACACGCUGAAAUUUUUUUCGACCAACAAGCAAAUUUUGUAUCAAGUUCUCUACAAAUAUUAAGAACGGUUAUUAUUGUAAAACAAAAGGAAGGAAUUAAAAAAAAGAAGCUUUAACGAAAAACUUCCGGUACGGUUUAUUUUAACGAAAAAUCAUAUUUUUACACUAAAAAGUCAUUCCUGAUACUAUUCACUUUACCCUUUAUUUUAUCCUUAUAGUUAAUAGUCAAAAGUUUUCAAACAUUUUCGUUAAAAAAUAUAAGACAAUUUGAAGGCGCGAAACUCAGAAGAAAGUCUGCUAUACAAAGUCUUCAACUGGAACCAUCCACACAGAUACAGUGGAGUUUAAUUUCUAGUACAAGAGGAAAGCAGAGAAAUUCAGAAAUGCGAACAGCAAGCUCUUUUCACCGAUACCCACUUGCUCUCCUACCGUCUUGAGCUCCUUCUUUCGUCAGUUUCUGAGUGCCGACCAAGUGUUUGAAUAAAUGCCGGAACGACGGUUUCGCGUCACUAAUGUUGCGUCGCUUCAGAUGAUGCUGAAGCUUGCGGGAUCGUGAUUGCAUACGGGGUUGGUGCACCCAAGAGCUUGCUGGUUGAGAAAGACAUUAAGAAAGUUUUUGAGCACCAUGUAAGGUGUCGGCCAAGCAUCAUUGAUAGAAAGAAAUAGAAAUCUGGGAUAAUUUUUUUUAUUUUUUAUUUUGGUGAAGCCUGUGUCUCCAAAAGAGGAGGGCUUUACUAUACAGUAGCGGAAGAUUUUACCAAAUAUGUUCCCUCUUGAUUUCCCUGCUUGCAUAACAAGAGUAAAUGUCUUUUGAAUGAAGAACGAUCACAAUGGACCGCAUACUGCUGAAGAUCAUGCAAGACUGCAAGUCUCUCAAAGAACUGAAACAAACCCAUCUUCAGAUUUUUGUCCAUGGACUCCAACAUACUAGCUUUUUGCUUCCCAAGCUCCUCACUCUCUCCUCAGAACUGGGUUCUCUUCAUUAUGCCUAUUCUAUUUUUCAAAGUUCUUGUUGUCCCAAUGUUGUCGCGUACAAUACAUUGAUAAAAUGCUGUAUAGGAAAGAAUCGUAUAGAUGUGUUGCGAGUGUAUAAUCAAAUGAAGGCGUCUAGGAUUGCGCCAAACAGUUUCACUUUCACUUCUCUUCUUAGGGGCUGUGAAUCUUUUGUGGCCCUUGAAGAUGGCACAAUGGUUCAUGCUGACAUUGUCAAAAUGGGUUUUGGCUCUAGUGUGUUUGUUCAGAAUACCCUUUUGGAUUUCUAUGCUAAAUGCGGAGUGGGGUUGGAUUUGGCUUCCCAGGUGUUUGGUGAAAUGCCUGAAAGAGAUGUGAUUUCAUGGAAUACUAUGAUUGCUGCUUACAUGGCACGUGGUGAGAUAGAACCUGCUAUGCGAUUGUUUCAUUCAAUGCAAGAGAGGAGCAUUGUGACGUGGAACUCUGUUGUUUCUGGUCUUUCCAAAGCUGGAAAUAUGGAAUUAGCUCAUUCAGUUUUUGAGAGGAUGCCAGAAAGAAAUGAAGUUUCGUGGAAUUCAUUGAUAACUGCGUAUAUACGGUUGGGUGAUGUCAAGUCUGCACAGUGUUUGUUUGAACAGAUGCCCCAGAAAACAGUAGUUUCUUGGACGGCCAUGAUAUCAGGGUACACCGCUAUUGGAGAUCUUGAAUCAGCGAUGAACUUAUUCAAUAAGAUGCCAUUUAAAAAUGUUGUGUCAUGGAAUGCUAUGAUUGCAGGUUAUGUUCAUAACCACAUGUUUGAUCAAGCACUUUUUGUGUUCCGCCAGAUGUUGAUAGACGGAAAGUGCAGGCCGGAUCAGAGUACUAUGAUCAGUAUACUAUCUGCAUGCACUCACUUGGGCUCUCUAGAACAUGGAAAAUGGAUUGAAUCCUAUAUUGAGAGAAACAUGUUGGAUUUGUCUAUCCCCUUGGGCAAUGCACUAAUAGACAUGUUUGCAAAGUGUGGAGAUGUAGAAAGUGCAAAAGCAGUUUUUAAAAAGAUGGCUAAAAGAUGUAUAAUUACAUGGACAACAAUGGUUUCAGGUCUCGCUAUUAAUGGGUUGUGUAGAGAAGCCAUAUUUCUCUUCGAUACUAUGUGUUUAGAAGGAACAAAACCAGAUGAUGUCAUUUUCAUUGCUGUUCUGUCAGCUUGCACUCAUGGAGGGUUGGUGGAAGAGGGCAAAAGAAUAUUUAACCAGAUGGAACAAGAGUUGAAUAUCAAACCCCGAAUAGAGCACUAUGGUUGCAUGGUUGAUCUUUUAGGUCGGGCCGGGAAGUUGGAAGAAGCAGUCAGGUUCUUAGAAAGCAUGCAUUUGAAGCCAAAUGCUGUCAUUUGGGGAAGUCUACUUGGUUCCUGUAAGAUUCAUGGAAAUGGAGAUCUGUUAGAGUCUCUAACCAGACGGAUUAUGGAGCAGGAGCCUGCGAAUCCCAGCUAUUUAACUCUAAUAUCAAAUUUGAGUGCAUCAAUUGGACAAUGGAAAGAUGUGCUGACCUAUCGGUUAGCAAUGAGACAGCAGGGAAUAGAGAAAGUUCCUGGUUGUAGCUCAAUCCAAUUGGGUAACAAGAUCCAUGAGUUUCUAGCCUAUGAUACAAGGCAUGAGCAAAGAAAGGAACUGUAUGGAGUUUUAAGUAGUUUAAAUGAACACUUGGUAGCAGUAUCCAAUGGAUUAUGAAUAUAUGAUGGUCUUUUGCACUAUGGUCACAUCUAUUCUGAUGCUACGGGAAGAAGAAAGGAAUGAUAAAUCAGCAGUAGUUUUCCAUUAAGUCCCGAGCAUUUCUAUCCCAACCUGCUAAGGGUGAUGAGGUACUUUGGGUCCUGGGUACUUCAAACUCAAAGAUAAUAUCAGAAAAACACAUUCUGCAGGACAUCUACCUCGUGAGUCAAAGCAAGAGAAAAGGUAUAGGCAAACAUGGCUUCAUGGAAGAUGGGUCGAAAGUCGAAACAUUUUCAGGGUAAAGUUUUUCUUUUCUUUUGAAAAACUGUGGGUGCCUAGACUAGUGAAAGAAUGGCUGUUACAACAGAAUUCUUUUGUUUAAGUUAAAAUGUUGUCACACAGAUCAGUUAUAUCCGAUCCAUAUUAUUCUUCAAUGCAUAAUGUGUUGCUCUCUCACCCUCUCUUCCACACAACUGACGGCGAUUGAUAUGGUAAUUGCUUUUGUUUCUCAAAAGUUAAUGGAAAAACUCCGUUUUUCUUGAAAUUCAUGGCUUUCUUA